AUGGCGGCCAAACCGGCACCUCCAACGCCAAUCGUAAACAUAACAACAGCUCCAGCUCUAGCUUCAGCAAUACAGUCAAUCAGAUUGCCGCAACGGAAAAUAAAGCAUUUUAGAGGGGAUGUGCUGGAGUGGACCCAAUUCUGGGAAUCCUUCAAUGCAGCUGUGCAUUCCUCAACACUUUCGAACGUGAAAAAGUUUGACUACCUUAAAGAAUAUCUAAAAGGCGAAGCCUAUCCAUUAGUAAAUAAUCUUGAACUUUCAGAUGCAUAUUAUGAAGUCGCUAUCGACGAGCUUAAGAAAAUGUACGGGAGGAAGGACGUCCUAAUCGACGCACACUUCGAAAAAUUGGAUACUUUGCAGCCCAUGAAGGACGGGAAUGAUGUACCAGCACUGAGGAGUUUUCAACUGAAUCUCCAUUUUCUCAUAAGCGCUUCGGAAAUGUUAAGAGUCCCCACAAGUUCCUUUGGCGGACUCCUCGGAGCAAGAUUAAUUAAAUUGAUUCUUUCCAGGCUACAACUAGAAUGGGCGAAAUUGGUAACUAACAAAACAACGGACAUCGAAGGAGUUAUCAGGUUUAUUGGAGAACAAAUCGAUGCAGCCAAGAGAUACAACAGGAUUAAAGGUGUGGAAAAGGAGAAAUCGUCUCCAUCUCCUAAACAACCAAAACCGUCCGAUCCACCGCCAGCAACAGCAUCACAACUAGCAGUGGGAGCCAGAGCGAAUCCACCUCCACAGUUGGAUAGUUUGUGA